CCACCAAAUACGCGUACACGGGCGUUCUCGAUUCUCGGCACGUCUCGAUCGCCAAGUACGCUGGUACGGGAGCGGAUCGAGGGCGGGAUGAGAAACAACCCUCGGGAUACAUACGAAGUCCAAACUUAGGUUUUCUCCACGCCCUCAUCUGCUUCCCUCGUUCGGUACAAUGCAUUCUCCCCCGAUCAAAAAGAGGCGUGCCCACUACAAGUCGCGCAAGGGGUGCGCCGAGUGCAAAAAGCGCCAUGUCAAGUGCGACGAGCAGUGGCCUGUCUGUCUGCAGUGUUCUACGCUGAACCGGUCCUGUUCGUAUGCCCUGUCAAGCUCGAGGAGCUCACAUUCUGCGAGCCCUGGCGGAAUGCCGCAAGUGACCACCAGCACUACCGCCACCGCACCCGAUCUAACUCCACUGCAUCUCCCUGAGCAGACCUACGACAUUCACCAUCUAGCACUAUUCCAUCAUGCAACCACCGAUUUGAUGAGGCCGCCGUAUGGGCAUUUCAUCACUACCCAGCAAGACUCUGACACAUUGACGCAGUUGAUCAUUUCUUCUGCCCUUUGCACGCCUUUUCUCAUGGACGAGCUGCUGGCGUUUGCUUCCCUCCACAAGAGUGUACUUGCUCAAUCUGUUGACCAACAACAUCGAUAUCGGUAUUUGGCAGUACAACUCCAAACUCGGUCUUUAGCAACCUUCAACACUUCAAAUGUUGAGAUUACCGAGCAGAACUGUGUUGCCGUAUUCAUUUUCUCGUCGUUUGUCGGUAUGCAUAUGCUGCACGACACCGUCGUCGCCAACACGGGCUUGUUAGAGGUACUAGAACGCUUUAUGCAGUUCGUCAGACUAUAUCGCGGGAUCAGCGUCGUCACAGGUCAGCGCUGGCAUAUCAUCAGGAACUCGGCAAUGAGUAGUAUCCUCGACCUCAUCGAAGCCGUGAGUGAGCUUCCUCCAUCAUCCCAUGAUGAUUGUGCCGGACUCUUGAGUCUUCUUGUAACAGCCAAGGACCGUUUUGAUCCUCAAUCGUACGAAGCAUGUCACGAUGCAAUAAUAGCGUUGCAAUGGGUCUUCCAUCAGUUCGAAUCACUGCCAGUGCCGACGAAUCGACACGUCAUCCUUAGCUGGCCUGUACGCGUAUCGGCGGAAUUUCUGCGUAUGCUUGAGGCUCGGCAACCAGAAGCACUAUCGGUUAUGGCACAUUGGGCCGUUCUUUUACAUCGUGGGCAGGACUUCUGGAUCUUCGGCCACGGAGGCCGGUUUUUAGUUGACACCAUAUUUACGUAUUUAGGCCCACCUUGGAGCGAUUGGAUGGCAUGGCCGAGAAGUCAAGUCGCUGGAUGACGAACUACUUUGUAACUUGAUCUGGAGCAGAUUUUUAUGUUGUUGCAAUCUUUUUGAUCACACCAUUUUGCCCUUGUAUUCUUGAAGGCAGGUCCUCCGUCUAAACCACUGCAUCUAUCCUAGAGCUUCUGGAUGUAUUGUGUAACGUGCCAUGAUGGUUAUUCUCAUAGUUCCACUUUAAUGUGACCAGUGAGCUGAUGGCU